CAGAGCUUGUGGUUGUUGAUAACAAGGGUCUGAAUUAUUGACUUUGAAUAAUUAGUUCCUAAAUUUCUAUAAGCUGGAGCAAUGAUAUUUCGGACAGCUGUAGAGCAUGCUAAGAGGCACCCUGGCCUCAUCCCCCAGUUCUUCUUCAUCUGUUUGGGAAUGGGUGGAGCAUGUCUCUAUCUGUUGCGGCUGGCCAGAGCGCCCUAUGUUAUCUGGAACAAGACCAAUAAUCCUGAACCAUGGAAUAAACUUGACCCCACAUACCAGUACAAGUUUGUGGCCAUCAACACCGACUACAAAAACCUGAAGAAGGAGGGACCUAAGUUCUAAAUCUCACAACCCAGAGUGGAAAAAUCCUGAUCUACGGUCAGAUUCAUUCCUCUUCCCCUCCUCAUAGUGGGUGGAAGGUGAAAUGGAUCCUUCAUGGGGCUCCUUAAACCUUUAGUGAUGAGCCCUUGACGUUGUUAAUGAGACUGGGAUUUUCAGCGAACGGAUCCUUAGGGCACACAUGAAAACUGAAAAAGUUAAAUAUGUAACAUUUCUACAUACUUAAAACAUAUGCAGGAGACAUAUGACACACGUAGGCAAAUGCUCCCUUUAUGUCUAAAUAUUCCUGGUCUGUUUUGCUAAUGUAUCGUAAAUAAAGGAUUUAGAUUCGCUAAUAUGCUACUAAUACUAGAGAACCAUUUUGUUAACCAUGCUGCUGUGUUUUAGAAAUUCGAAUCAAUUUCUCUGAUUAUUCCGGGCAUAUAUUAGUAUACUUUACUUAUACUUUGUAAUUAAGGAGCUCAAACUUGCAAACACUCUGACAUGCUUCGUUAAGCUUUCUUUUCUUCUUUUCAGCGUUUGAAGGUUAAAUGCAACACAGUGCUGUCUUCUUCCGCAGCUUGUCAGGCUUGUGUUUCCUCGUAUAUUCUUCGAGUGUGGAGCUUUAACUGUGCCAGCUUCUCAUAAAAUGACACUGGCCUGCCGCAUCGCAUUGAAGAUCAAUGUGAUUAAUGUGACCGGACUGCAUGUGUUUCUUCAUAACUGUCACAUGAUCGUAGGUUUAGCAGCCACUAGAUUCCACAAUGACGGUGUAAGUUAUGAAAAACGGCAGAAAUGCAUAAACUGAGCUGAAUUCUUUCAAUAAAUAAACUGUCUGAUUCA